UGCAAUUUUUAGUUGAAAUCGGUGCCUUGCAAAAUGGCAGGGCAAAAUGCAGUCAUCGUCAAGAAUGCGAAGAAAACAUAUGGUGGUGGAGUAUACAUCUUGAAUGGCGUGAAUCUUACUGUUCCCAAAGGCUGUAUAUAUAGCUUACUGGGAGCUAGUGGAUGCGGAAAAACCACUUUACUCUCUUGCGUGGUUGGCGUCCGAAAAUUGGAUUAUGGGGAUAUUUGGGUACUCGGUGGCCAGCCGGGAACCGAAGAUUCUGGAAUACCAGGGCCUCGUAUCGGUUACAUGCCGCAAGAUGUUUCGCUGGUCGACGAAUUUUCUGUGAUUGACGCGCUUGUCUUUUUUGGAACAAUCAGUGGCAUGGAAAAAUUUGAAAUUGAAGAAAGAUACGUAGAAUUAAAGGAUUUACUCCAACUGCCACCCAGGGACCGUUUGGUGAAGAACAUGAGCGGUGGCCAGCAAAGAAGAGUAUCCUUCGCAGCAGCUCUGCUUCAGAGGCCUGAACUGCUGAUCCUCGAUGAACCCACUGUCGGUUUAGAUCCAGUUUUAAGGGACAAUAUUUGGAACCACUUGACGCAGAUCACAAAAGAAGAAGGUGUCACAGUGAUUAUCACUACGCAUUAUAUCGAGGAAGCAAAACAAUCUGAUAAGAUUGGAUUGCUCAGAAAUGGCCAGCUGUUGGCUGAAUCAUCACUGAAUGAAUUAUUGGAGCGAUUUCAAACCGACUCCCUGGAGGAAGCCUUCUUAACCUUGAGUCAACAACAAGCUGAAGAUUCACAAGGAAGUAAUCUGAUCCCUGAUCCUCCAGCGGAGAUCAAUCCGAUUUAUAAUUCGUACGAUGUCAGCAACGGGAAGACGAAGCAGAGGAUGCAUCAAAGUAACUGGAAGACGAGAAUUAGGGCUUUGCUUUAUAAGAAUGCGCUUCAGUUUUUGCGUCAUCCUGGGGGGUUCUUAUUUUCAAUCGUCUUACCAGUGUUGGAAAUGAUGCUGUUCUUUUACACGGUUGGUCCAGACCCAAAAAAUCUCAAGAUAUACGUAGUGAACGAAGAGACUGGUGCUUGUAAUAGUCAGAAAUAUUUAGGCAAUAUUACAUACUACAACGAAGAGCAAACGUGCAAGUUCACCGAUCUCAGUUGUAGGUUCAUAGCCAACAUGGACGAUGAUAUUCUAGAGACGAAAUUUUAUGAUAAUUACGAAAAAGCGAAGGAGAAACUGAAGCAUAAUCAUGACGCCGUUGGAAUAAUGUAUUUUCAGAGAAAUUUUUCACUUGGAAUGGAACAGAAGUUAGAAAAUAUGCUUACUAUAUCUGACGAUGUUAUUUCGGCUUCUAUAAUCGACGUCGAGUUACAUAUUCCAGAUAGAGAAAUUAUUUUAUUCGUAAAACAAUACUUAUAUAAAAUGUUGAUGAAAGAGUUAGAGAAAAUUGUUCAGGAAUGUGGAAUUAGUAAAAAGUACGCAAAUAUUCCAAUAAAGUUUGAAGAUCCGAUUUAUGGUAAGAUGGAAAUGGAGUUUGGACAAUAUGUCAUACCAGUAUUUUUGCUAACAAUGUUAUUCAUUUUGGCAACAUCUAUUUCUUCGAGUGCAAUCAUAGUCGAUCGUCAUUCUGGCAUAUGGGACAGGAUCUUAGUUCAAGGUGUUACCACCGCAGAGAUUCUGAUUACUCACUUGAUAACGCAAGCUAUAAUCAUUGUAUUUCAAGUAACACUUGCGUUAUAUAUUGGUUUCGAGCAGUAUGAUAUGUAUUGCGAAGGAUCAAAGAUCGGUGUCACCGCGAUGAUUAUGCUAGAAGGAAUUUGUGGAAUGGUAUACGGUCUCUUGAUAUCAGUGUCAUGUACUUCUCAUAGUUUGGCCAAUUAUGCGUCAACGGGAACUUUUUAUCCAUUGCUUCUUCUUUGUGGAUUGAUCUGGCCAAUCGAGGGUAUGCCGAAAUUUCUUCAAUGGCUUAGUUUAACGAUGCCUAUAACGGUACCGGGAAAGUCACUAAGGGAGAUUAUGCAAAAAGGGACUGACCUCGACGAGCCGGAGGUAUACUCAGGAUUUUUAGUGGUCACUGUGUGGAUUUUUGCCCUCGCAUUCAUUUGUCUGCUUCAAUUAAGAUACAAAUCUUGAUUUCGACAUAAAGGUUAAAAUUAAUGUGGAAAAAGACAUUAAAUUGGAAAAUAAACCACCUCGUAUCGUUUAAAUAGUGAAAAAGGCAUCUUUCUUCGCAAGCUUUACAGGGUUAGUUCAUUCUAAAUUGAUCUAGUGUAGAGUUAGUUCGUAGCUGCGUACAUAUGUAUACUAGCGGGAUAUUGCGUUUUUAUAUAUAUUGUAAAAUUAUAAUAUGUUUUUUUUAACUACUGAGAAAAUGGAGGACCACGUUAAAGACUCUCACCUACGUCAUUAAUGUACAUUUUGUUCAUAUCGUAAGUGUAGACGUGCGCAAAGUUUCUUUAAGUAUUCUUAGAUUAUUAUAUUUUAUAUAAAAGAUGCGUUAGUUAUUGAUUACUUAGUAAGUAAGCGGAAAAAUGUUAGGAAGAGGAUAUGCCUUUACCUCGUACUUUUACUCUUCGUUUAAACUU